CGUAUUUGUCUCGGUGGGUUGAAUAGCACCAUUCCUAAUACGGAUCUGGUUGCGGAAUAAAGGGUUACUGAGUACUUUCAACAGUUAGCCCGCCAAUGGAGCAGGUCUUGGAUUGAAUCGGAAGAGUACAAAGAAUCGGAGAAUAAGUUAAGCAUCAGCCUUUGUUUCUGGUUCUUCAAGCUAAUGCGCAGUUACGGCCGCCUCUCGUGGGUUGGAAGAACAAAGCAUUAUUUACUAAAUUCUAUUCUGGAAUGGGUUUAGCUCGAGUAUCGAGGUCUUAUCGCCUCAUCUUUGUUCCCCUCACUAGAGAGAACAAUGACCUUGUCUAAGAUCACCUUUAAUGUGCUAGGUCAAUGCAACGUCUGUUCAAUACGAUGUUCCCAAUUUGUGGUGACCUUGUUUCCUUGCCUUCGUCUUCAGGACUAUCUGGUGCCUUAAAAUUGAAACCCCGCAGCGGCAAUUUUCUUUAUAAUAUUGAUGGAGCUGUUCAUAAUUCAGGUUGUGAGCAGUAAACAUGCAAUUAGUUUAAAUAGUCGAGGAUUUUACCAGGAUCUUUCUUGAAUCAUUCAUCACGAGUUCAGAACCCCAUCACACUACUACAUUCAAUAUCUAUUCAAGCCUUAAGGGAUACCUAUUGCAAGAUGUGUAUCAGUCUAUACUUUCACUACACAGAGUGUGACCACCGGUGUAGACCAAUCCGUCCAUGUCAGGGAGAUGGUUCUUGCUGCGACAACUUUGUAGUUGAAACGCGUUUAUUCAUUAUCAACAGCUUCUGUUAUGAGUGCUUCAUGCUACCUGAUCCCAGAGUCGCCCAGCCUGUUAGAUGUCUUAGAUAUCAAUCUGAGGAAUCAAUGCUUGACUGGAUGGCCGAAUGUUAUCGAAGUUGGGAUGUUGAAGCUGAGUUCCAGGAUUUACGCAUUCGAGCCCCAAAUUUGCCACGUCUACCUGGCCAUCUACAUAAUCCCAAUUUCCCCUUGUCCAACCGCAUACCUGUCGGUUUAGUUCCUAGAGAAAGCGUGAUUUUGCUAGUUAGAGACCUCUAUCACCGAGUCCUUCCUGAUUUCUGGCUUCGCGUAAUCUGGGGCGAAAAUCCAUCACCUGCCAAAAGAGAAUGGAUUUUAUAUCUUGAAAUAGUCUUGGCAAUAAAUGCGGCACUUCCUGUUUUGAGAGAUAGCAUUAGUGAAAAUCUUUGGGAGGCUGGUAUGGGUCAACAACGCACGAGCUUUAUUGCUGCUGAAGCAUUUGAUCCAGUCGCACUCACGCUUGUUGAUGACGAAGACUGCGGUCUCUGUCGGGAGCCCCUCAGAGACGUAGAAGAGCAAGGAGUGCCAGUGAAGACCCACUGCGAUCAUAUGUUUCACCAGAAGUGCCUUGAAGAAUAUCUUGAAGUGUCACGUAAUGUCGAUUGUCCAGCUUGCAGAGCAGAACUUCGUGGGCAAAAUCCAGCAACUCAAGAUAUUCAAGGGCGCGACCAAAUCUCAGAAUUUCUUACAUCUGUAAUGACGCCUGAGCAACAGACUUUUCCUCCUGAACAACCUAUUACGGAGCAGUACAUUCAGCAGUUGAAUGCUGACGUUGAAGGUAAUACAGAUGACCGAGUGGCUGUAGAAGCACAACAAGAACAACAAAAAGUUGCGGAACUUGAGGAGUCAUUGAAUGAUCCUGACGAUUGCGAACUUGCGACGAUGGAUAAUCUGUCAAUCUAGUAUAUUGUCAAUAGUCUUGGGUUUUCCUAUUUCAUUCUUGCGUUAUACUUUCUUGUUUUAUUUUUCCUUACUGGACAAUAGCUGGUACUAUUGUCACUGUUUCGGAACAUGCGAUUUUCUUUUAGAUCUUACAAUUUCAAAUAUAUUUUAAAAAAAAUAAACAAUUAACAACUUUACUAGAUUUAUAUUAUUAUGUGAUAUAUUGAUUUUGGUCGAUAAA